AUGGUUCAAAGCUUGGCCGACGGUGGCGCUGUUGUUGCACUUGAAUUUGGAAAUCAGCGUAGUGAAUCGAUAACAUCAGACAACGUAUUAAAUUACUACGUAUCACUUCGGAAUAGACAUGGCCACUUUUGCGGAGGUGCCAUUAUUAGUGAUCACCACAUUAUAACAGCUGCUAAUUGUAUCGUAGAUGCUAGUAACAACAAAUUCGUGCAAGACGGUAUUAAGAUCGCACGAAGGAAUCCAGUAUUUAAAUCUCGAGUUGAAAUUAUUGGACACAUCGAAAAGAUGUACAUUCCUAGUCAAUAUAUUCCUGGUGAGCACGACAUUGCAGUUCUUAAGUUGAGAAACAGUUUGAAAUUGCAAGAACAUCCACAAUUGAAGAAA